ACCCCGCCCCGAGCUGCGCGCGCAGCCAGAGCCAGGCCCGGGCCGGGCCCUGGUAGGUGUCUGUGACCGCCGGGAGAGGGGGGACUAGGCCCGACCCUGACACCGCCCCCCUCCGCUGCUCCGGCCCCGCAGCCUCCUAAGUCCAGGAACCUGAACCUUCAAGGUCAAGCCCCCCAAUGUCCAGAGAGCACAACCCCAACUCUCUCCUGACCCCAUGACCCCAACUUGCCCAAAUCAGCACUGGUAAGGGAUACCUUGGCUCACCAUCCCCUGGUGAAGAAGACAGGCCUCCAGGAGAGCAGGAGGGCCCACGCCAUCACCUCCAGCCAUGGCUUGUGAGGUUGGGCCAAAGGCGGCCGAUAGCACCUUCUCGUCUGACAGACAUGCCCAGAUCAUCCUGGCCCAGAUUAAUGAGAUGCGGAGUGGGCAGGAUUUCUGUGAUGUGCAGCUGCAGGUGGGGGAGGCUGAGUUCCGUGUGCACCGGCUGGUACUGGCUGCCAGCAGCCCCUACUUUGCAGCCCUCUUCACUGGGGGGAUGAAGGAAUCCUGCAAAGAUGAGGUGCAGAUCUUGGGCAUCGAAGCAGGGAUUUUCCAGAAUCUUCUAGAUUUCAUCUACACAGGUGUGGUGAACAUAGGUGUGAACAAUGUCCAGGAGCUGAUAGUGGCGGCCGACAUGCUCCAGCUAAAUGAGGUGGUGGACCUGUGCUGUGAGUUUCUGAAAGGCCAGGUAGAGCCAUCCAAUUGCAUCGGCAUCUUCCAGUUCUCAGAACAGAUCGCUUGUCAUGACCUCUUGGAGUUCACAGAGAACUACAUCCACGUGCAUUUCCUGGAAGUGAUCGGUGGGGAAGAAUUUUUAGCACUGACAAAAGAUCAGCUGAUUAAGAUCCUGCGAAGUGAAGAGCUGAGCAUUGAAGAUGAAUACCAGGUGUUCUUAGCCGCCAUGCAGUGGGUUCUGAAGGACCUGGGCAGGAGGAAGAAGCAUGUGGUUGAGGUCUUGGAGCCUAUCAGAUUCCCCCUGCUGCCUCCUCAGAGGCUGGCCAAGUACAUCGAAGGAGUCCCUGACUUCAGCCUCCGAGUGGCCCUGCAGACACUGUUGAAAGAGUACUGUGAGAUGGGCAAGCCUCCCAAGGAUAACAGGUUCUGCAAUUUUUUGCAGACCUCCAAGGUGCGGCCUCGGAAGAAAGCAAGGAAGUACCUCUAUGCUGUAGGAGGAUACACCCGGCUGCAGGGGGGCCGAUGGAGCGACAGUAGAGCCCUCAGCUGCGUGGAGCGUUUUGACACCUUCAGCCAAUACUGGACCACAGUGUCUUCCCUCCACCAGGCCCGAAGUGGCCUGGGAGUGGCAGUUGUGGGAGGAAUGAUCUAUGCCAUUGGAGGGGAAAAGGAUUCGAUGAUCUUUGACUGCACUGAGCGCUAUGACCCAGUCACAAAGCAGUGGACAACAGUGGCUUCCCUGAACCAGCCCCGCUGUGGCCUUGGGGUGUGCGUAUGUUAUGGGGCUAUCUAUGCUCUAGGUGGAUGGGUUGGAGCAGAGAUAGGGAACUCUAUUGAACGAUUUGAUCCUGAGGAAAACAGCUGGGAAAUUGUGGGCAGCAUGGCCGUGCCUCGCUACUACUUUGGCUGCUGUGAGAUCCAAGGUUUAAUCUACGUGGUUGGCGGCAUCAGCAAUGAGGGCAUGGAGCUCUGUUCCGUUGAAGUAUACAACCCAGUUUCCAAAUGUUGGUCUUCUCUGCCUCCAAUGGGGACCAGAAGGGCCUAUCUGGGGGUGGCUGCCCUCAAUGACUGCAUCUAUUCGAUUGGAGGGUGGAAUGAGACCCAGGAUACCCUGCACACUGUAGAAAAAUAUUCCUUUGAGGAGGAGAAGUGGGUUGAAGUUGCAUCUAUGAAAGUGCCCCGAGCUGGUGUGUGUGUGGUGGCGAUAAAUGGCCUUCUUUAUGUUUCUGGAGGCCGGUCUUCCAGCCAUGACUUCUUGGCCCCAGUCACCUUGGACUCCGUUGAAGUGUAUAACCCUCAUUCUGACACAUGGACUGAAAUUGGUAACAUGAUCACUAGUCGGUGUGAAGGGGGUGUGGCUGUGCUGUGACCAGCGUCAGGAGAACCUGGGGUCAUAAAAGAGGACGCUGGGGCUUGGAGCAGGACUAGGGAAGGGAGGGAGGGAGGGAGAGAGAGAGAGAGAGAGAGAGAGAGAGAGAGAGAGAGAGAGAGAGAGAGAGAGAGAGAGAGAGAGAGAGAGAGAGAGAGAGAGAGGCCCCAAGACUUUGGAUGCUCCCAAGUACAGAAAGGGCUGAAAAGCAGGCUGGAGCGGUGCUCUUGAGAGUGGAUUGGGACAGGAUGGCAUCUGUAACAGGCAGAGCCCACCUUGGCAGUGACUCAUGCAGCUUGCAUUUUUAGACCCAUCUUGCUCAAGGACCCAUGCUGUUCUUUUUUUUGGGCAGGAGCUCCUGGCAGCAAUUUUUCCUGUGUAGUUUAAGUACUCCACCACCGAACAAAAAAUAUACCACUGCUGAUUUCACUGGCUCCAGAGAGGGAGGGAAACCAGGAAAUGACUACCCAGCCCCUCUUGCCAGGUGGUAUCUUUCAUUGGCACCAAACCCUCAAUUGGUAGCACAUUUACUGGAGGCAGCCUUGUUGGGAACUCAUGGAAAACCAUGACUUGCUCUUUUUUCCCUUAGUCCCCCUGCUGAAUGGGCAAGUUCAAAAAUCUCCACCCAGGCUCUUGACACGGUUCCACACAGGAGCCCCACCCCAUCGCCCAGAGAUGAUGCCUCCUUAGCUUUUAGAAAAGGGUGAAGCUUCAGGGCUCCAUUCUGCACUUCCUCCAGCUGUUCCUAUAAGGACUUAUACUCUAUGCCUGCCUAUGAAGCUUCCUUAGCCCUUAGAAGGGCUACCCAGCUUCCUCAGUCCCCUUCCCACCUUAAACGCUCACUCCCAUUUUUACCUCCUGGCCUUUGGCAGGGGAUGUGAUCAUGGGGUGGCAGAGAGGAAGGCUUAGCCUAGAACUGCUUCUCUGCUACUUGCUUGCCUGUGCUAGCUUCAGCUCCCUAGUUCUCAAGGGCUUGGUAUAUCCUGGACCCCUGAGUCAUUGAUAGAGCAGUUUGGCAGCUUUUUAAUUUCCUUACUGUGGCAUUCUAAGCAUUGGCUGCAUUAGGUCCAAAAAGCUUACUUAGUAAACCUUAGCAAAGGCACUUUUGAUGUAGAAAUUCCUGUAAGUCACUAUUUCCUCCUCACCUGGAGAACGUGACCAUAAUAGCACCUGCCUCACAGGGUUGUGGGGAUCCGACGAAUUAAUCUAUGUGUAAAGUGCACUGCAAAUGCCAGCUUUUCUCUGCUUCUAAUAAACACUGGAAAGAUUUUGCUUGCA